ACCAUCGGCUGCAUAACACACGUGAUCCAGUCAGUUGACAAGGCAAAACACGGCAGUAGAUUCGAGAGACAGGCGACAUGGACCAUCAACGAAUAGACAGAGUGGGCCUUCUGUCACCCCUGGAGGAGUCCAGCGCUGAGAUAAGCAGAGACAGCGGCAUUGUUUCCCAAAGUGCGAGCAGUUUGUCCAUGGUGAGCGAAAUCCUCAGCAGCGGUACCGUGUCGCAGAGCCCCAGCUUUGGCGCAGCAGCUAACGUUAACCCUUACAGCCCGAGCCUCAAUGAAGCAGCAGAGCCCGGGACACCUGACCAGCACUCCCCAGAGGAGGAGGACGACGAAGUCCUGAGACACACCGCCCUAAGCUACUCGUCUUACAUCAGGGCGACAGCUGGAGAAGAGAUCCUGUGUUUGGACAAGAGCUUAGAAGAAAUGCUGACGAGAGUAGAUGAGUUUGUUGGCAUGCUGGAUAUGAUUCGUAAUGACACCUCCCAAAUAGUGAAUGAAAACCUACCUCAAAUCCAGCAGAAGUCUGAUGAAAUGAGACAAAUAUACAGAAGAAUUGACAAGUUAGAGGCCUUUGUAAAGAUGGUGGGAGCUAAUGUCAGUGCGAUGGAGGAACAGGUCACACAGGCAGAAGGAGAACUAGGAACAUUACCGGGUGCUUUCAAGAAGAUCCUCCGCACAAUGACCGUCCCAGGCUUCUUAAACAAACCGACCAGUCCUAGAAGACCAGCAGCACGUCAGCACCAAGAGAUCCCCAGCGUGUUUCGGACAGAUGAUUAUUUCACAUCACAGCCAGAACAGUGACACACACAGGAACAUUUAACACAUAACUUGGUUCUAACCUCAGAGGCCUCUUGGGGGAAACUUGUAGAGACAACUUUUACUGCCAAUCCAUUGCAGGAGGAUCUAUUGGUGCAGUGGCCUCGACAAAGCAAUAGCAGCCUUUCUGAACAAGUCACUGGACGUCAAGUGCGUGAAGACAUUCUGCAUUCUGAGUGUCAUUUUCCUGGCAGCAACAAGCACUGAACUGUAGCAGUGAUUGAGUUGAUGAGUUUUAAAGUGCCUAAAUGGGUCUUAUUUCUGUCGGUCUUGUUUUCAUUAUUUGUGAAGAAAACAAUGUCAGAUGUCAGAUUUGUGACAGGAGGACAAAGUCAUUCUAGUUGCCAAUAGGACACUGUAAAGAAGGUACAAUUGGAGGAGCUAUAAAGUUCUUAGGAUGUAUUAUGUGAACAAUUAACCCAGCUGUUUGUUUUUUUUUAUAAAUUACAUUCCUGUCACUGGUGUUUGUAAAGACCUGCAUGCUGUUAUGAAUUAAUCUAUAUUUCUAAUUUCUCAUCACUCCCCCCAAGCAAUAUUGAGCUCAUCCAGUUAAGCAUUUAAUGUCUUCCAUUUCAAAAUAUUCACUUUAUCACUAGCCUUAUGUUACUUGCUAUGGAUGACAGUUGUCUCAUUGCUAUGGGGCUACAUCUUUGAUGGCACCUUUUCAAUAAAAGCACACUAUAGAUGA